AUGUCGAGUGGUGACAACGGCGUCAGCAAUGAUUCCGGCUCAACGUCAUCGGCUGGAGCCGAGGUUGGUGGCAUCACGGUGGCAAUCAAGGCCCUUCUCGAGAUGGAUGACGGGGAAGAGAAGCGAGGGGAAGACGAGCACGGUGAGGAGAAGGAGGAGCAGAGGGCGCAGGAGGAACGACGCGAAGAGGAGGACAUCUCGCGAAUCUCUUUCAGGCGACGACAAGCUGCCGCCAUAUCGGAACACUGGUGCACGCGUGAAGAAGGCGGAAUUCUGCAAGAGGCACGCGAAGCAGGGUAUGAUUAACGUCGUCGCGAGGAAGUGCAGCCAUCCACGGUGCAUCAAAAGUGCGUCAUUUGGAAAACACGGCAGCAACAAGCGCGAGUUCUGUUCUCAGCAGGUAUGGUAAAACGUCUGCACCACAACGUGCGACCACCAAGGGUGCAUCAAAGUCUCAAGCUUUGGCGUAAAUGACAGCAGCAAGCGCGAGUUCUGUUCUUAGCACGCGAAACAGGGUAUGGUAAACGUUUACCUCAAGAGGUGCGGCCACCCCGGGGCGUCAAAGCCCCAAACUUCGGCGUAAAUGGCAGCAAGAAAGCGGAGUUUUGUUCUCAGCACGCGACGAAGGGUAUGGUCAACGUUUACGCCAAGAGGUGCGGCCACCCAGGGUGCGUCACAGUCCCGAGCUUCGGCGUAAAUGGCAGCAAGAAGGUGGAGUUCUGCUCUCAGCACGCGAGGAAGGGUAUGAUUGCCGUCAUCAACAAGAGGUGUGGCCACCCAGGUUGCAUCAAGCAGCCGUCAUAUGGUGAAGCCUACGGCAUGAGAGCGGAGGCCUGCUCUCAGCACGCAACGAAGGGUAUGGUUAACGUUCACGCCAAGAGGUGCGGCCACCCAGGUGUGUUAUAAUUCCGAGCUUCGGCGUAAAUGGCAGCAAGAAGGUGGAAUUCUGCUCUCAACACGCGGCGACCGGUAUGGUUAACGUCGUAAGCAAGAGGUGUGGCCACCCAGGGUGCAUCACGCGACCGUCGUAUGGCGAAACCGGCAGCAAAACGCGCGAGUUCUGCAAAAUGCACGCGAAGCAGGGUAUGGUAAACGUGCGCACCCAAAGGUACGUACGUCCGCCCGUUGACCAGCCAACACUUGGUGAGGAGGCAGCAACAAGCGUGCUUUCUGCAAAGGGUACGCCAAGCGAUCGUUGUACACCGGAAUGCGCCGAAGAACAGAGGUCGCAGCUUGGGGUAUCGCUCACCACGUGCUGUCAUUCCAAUCGCAAAGAACGUGGAGUGAUGUGGAAUUCAUGAUCGAUGUAAGUGCGCAAUCGUCUGAUGCUGGUCGUUCUCUUUUUCGGCCAGUGCGUUGUGUGACGGUUGUCACCACCAGGGCAGUCGUUCGGGCGAUGCGCUCGGGAAGCCAACCCAGGUCAACGGGCGGGAAAAUUGUGGGAAAAUUUGUGUGUUUCUUUGACUCUCAUUUCUUUGACUCUUACUGAAAGUGUUGUGACAGAUGGGGGGUAUGCGAUACUGCUUGUGAUGGUUUCGCACGUAAGGAAGGCGAACGGAGGUAGAGGGACAUCCUUGGGCCACGAACCGGGUGGAGGAGGAGUGCAGAAUUGGGGAAUCGAGCGUCAUUAACUAAGAGCGAUUUUUCAGGCCAUCACAUCGAGAGUACAUUGCGGGGAGAAAACGAGUGGCAGCAUGUCCGUGGUGAUGCUUAGAGGAAGUCAAGAAAUUCUGCUGGCACGAGUGAUCUUAUUCUCAUUGUUUGAUGUUGAGAAAAUGCCACCCGCAGUGAUUUCGGUUCUCGUAUUUGUUUUUGAUGC